AUGCAGAUUGACUGCAGGUCAGUGAUGUACUAUUACGACACUGCUGAGUGCAUCCUGAAUGCUGAAAAUCAGGCAACAAAUAAAUCGUUAAUAACCAAUGACACGUUGAACAUGCGUGUGGAUUAUUUUGAGAAUAACUGCUUAGAUGUGAAUUGCUCAAAUGAUUCGACGACACACUGGAUAAAGGUUGAACGAUUUGUAAUAAGCAACAAACACGAUGUUUUCAUAGAACAAGUAACCAGGGAUCAAUGCAUCAGCUUCUGUAUUGUACGAUCAUUUUCAUCUACAUCUUUAUGA